CAAAAUGGCGUCAGAAUGGUGGGACAUGUGCUGUUAGAAGAAAUGAUCAUUGUUUACAAUCGCUUUAAGUUCGUAAAUGACUAGUUUGAAGUUGAAAGAUAUGCAAGAUAAAGAGCAGUGCCCUGUAUGUUUACGUGCUGGCCUAAUUAAAUACUUGAAAAGUUACCAGAUCAAUCUAGAUGAAGCUGUAGUUCUUUGUGAAAACAAAUUGUGUACAUACCCAUUGUCUCUUAAUUCAUCUGUAGCGCCAACAUUUUCUCGUAAACUUGGUGAUGUUACGUCCAGCAGGAAAAAUGAGGGGAAGGCUAAAGUCAUGGAUUCCCAGAUGGCAUUACAGACGAAAAUGUCCUCCCAUAUGCAUAAGACUGGUCUUCGUCUCCAGAAGGAUGCCAUAGGCAUACAGACUGGUAGCCCACAGUUAAAGAAAAAAUUGAAGACGAAGCAAAUUCCGUACAAGAAAAGGGCUGUAACUUCUACAUUUCUCAACCAGAAUGGUUUUGACAGUUAUCCCCCUUUCCUAUUACAAAAUGGUUCAGAGUCUUUCCCAAAUUUUAAAUCUUUCACAGAAGCAAAUAGAAAUACCCUCGGGGCUUUGGGACAGACUGGUUAUUACGGGCCUGAAGGAGUUUCAGAUAAAGACUUCAUACUUAACUCUAGUGGAGAGAGCCUCGAGUCCUCAUCCACAACUAGUUCAAACAGUUCAGUAGCUGAAGGUAGUAAUUUUUCAAACAAGAUAUCCAAUUCAUACCAAUCAUUCCAGGUUAGAGAAAGUCAAAAAGGACACUUGCCUAAUUCUUUGCCUAUUUUGUCUAGUCAGAGCAUAACUUAUAAUGGACAUUUAGAUCAAGUAAACAGCAUUAUUGUUAGUGAUAAAAGGAUUAUUAAUGAACAUAAAAAAUCAGAUAAUUUGUCAAUUGUUGAAAAUGAAAAGUCAUUUGAUAAAGUACAAAAUACAGAUAUGGUUAACCAGAACAAAAAUAUAAACCCAGAUUGCAAUUCUCAAGUUCAGAUGGAUGAGUCCUUACAGAAAGUUGAAGAAAGAGUUGGAAAUGAAAUUAAGACAGCAGAAAAAUCAAAUGUCUGUCUGUCAAAAUUGGCUCCUUAUCGAGACAAAACUGUUGUAGAACAUCGGAGUGGUUGGCUCAGAUACCCUACAGUCUUUCCACAGUGGAGAAACAAAGAUGCACUUUGUUGGCUUGAUGUAAUCUUGUGUCUUUCAGUUCACAACGAAAGUUUGAAAUCCCUAGUUUUCUGUGAUACCUUUGACAAGAAAAACUUGAUAUAUAAGUUGUUUGCAGCACAUAAUCAAGCAUGUAAACUUAUACAAGACUCUGAAAAUAAACUGGUGCUACAGGAGUGUGAGAUUAGUGACACUGAUUCCAAUCAAUUUAAAGAAAUUGAUAAAUGUUCAAAUUUGAAUUCUAAAAAUCAAGCACAGCCAAAUAGUGAUCUUAGCAAGGAGAACAUUCCAGUAAGCACUGUAAGCAGGGGCGCUUGCUUAGAAAACACUCCAACAGAAGAUUUGUUAAAUGAAGUGAGGGAGGAGGUCUGGACCAAAUUGAAGUGUCAGUUGAAGUGUGAAAAGGGACAAAACGAAAGUCCAGUAUUUGCCUUUCCUUUACUUCUGAAAGAAAGUCCUGCUGUUGAAGAGAUGUUUAAAAUGGUGUAUAGGUUUGACUUCAAGUGUUCCAAGUGUGGUAAAACAGAAAGUUCUGAUCACAUCAACACACUACCAACAUUUCCUACUGUUGUCAAGGAUUUCAACAUCGGUGACCCCCAACACAUCAAGAAAUGUUUUCAAUGUGGAAACACUACAGAUACUAGAAACAUGGUCUAUAAAAGUUUACCAAAGUGUUUGCUUAUGCAUUUUACUGAUGGUUUGCCAGAGACAACAUGGGAAGAACUGCAAUUUGGUUUCCAUGGUUACCUAUAUACUGUUACAGGUAUUGUACAGUACAUCAACAAUCCAGAUCACUUUAUUGCAUGGUUGAGAAAUCCAUACGACAACAAAUGGUUUAAAUGUGAUGACUUGAGAUCAACAAUAUGUCAGAAAAGAUCAAAAGAGCCAGCUUUCUCUUGCAGUCAAAUUCACAUAAUCAUGUGGGAACGACUAAAGAUGAAAUCUAAAAUUUGUCGCCAGGUUGCCAUAGACGCUGAUGAUAGUUUACACAUAGAAAAACAAAAGUUGGAAAAGAAGACGCAUUUAAAUUUUGAUUUAAUUACUGAAAAGGAAAGUAAGCAUACUGAACUAGGAAAUGAAACUACAUGUAACAUUUUAAAGCAUAUUAACAAAGUGAAUGAUGACUCUACUGGUGGGAAGGUGAAAUGCUCGAUUAACUCAGUACGAUUGUUAGAUACAAGUCCAUGUUCUACACAUAGUACUGGGUCCUCGGAUUCUCUACAUUUGCCAAAUUUUGUUGCGUUCACGGGGUCAAAUGAAGGAGUGUUACGCCCAAUCCCUAUGCCAAUUGUCAGUGUAAUUCCAAUAACUUCCAACAACAAUGCUAAUAUUAAAAAUAAUAUACAGUCAAAAACUAGAUCAGACAAUACUGUUGAUUGUUCAGAGAAAAAAGGCAUUAAAGUGAAAAAUACUUCUUUGUUAGGAAACUUGAUAGUGAAAUUAGAACGUAAAAUGUCUCUAAAUGGUGCUAAUGAUAAAAAUGAGCAAAUGGUUGGUAAAAAUGAGUUGAACAUGCCAUGCUCUCAAAUUAGUGGACCCAAAACUAUAAUUAAACCUUCAACAGUAUUUUGUGUUCCUAAGAAAUCCAGUGAGGCCGACUUGAAUGCACACUUAAGUAAUGUUGUAAAGUCAGAUAGUGUGAAAGAACAUGUUAACACUUGUGGUGACAGUACAUGUAAAGAAGAUGAUACUGCAUUGCCAGGUUUGAGCAUUCAUAGUGAAAAUGGUACAUGGAAUAACACAAGAAAACGUAAAAGUAAUGUGACACCUGAAAAUGAAAUUAUUGAUAAGAAAUUGCUGAUAGAGAGUAAAGAUGAUAAGUACAUGGGUAUAGAACAUAGUGAAAAUGUUGAAAAACAUGACCAUAAUGUAGAAUUGAAAACUGCUAAUGAACAAAAGAGUAAGUCAAGACUUAGUCAAAGUUCCAGAUUCAAAGUGCCUUUUAAAUUGAAUAAAAAACCUCAGUUGUCUAAAGAUGCAUUUUUCACACUAGAUACUGACACAGGUACACCAGGUUCAAGUGGUUCAAAUACUCCAAUGUCUCCUAUCUCACCUGCGUUCAGUGGAAACUUAAAUUAUUUGAAUUCUGUUAAACAAUACCUUCUUAGUCGUACUACAGGAAGACCUGACCCAAAGUUUAAAUUUGAAGGUCUUAAUUUGAAGUCAUCGUCAAGUUAUGGAUCUUUUGAUUUGUCAGAGUUGGGUUUAUCAUGUAAUGCGUCAGCUCUGCCAGCAGAAUGUAACAGCUUCGACAGCGAGUCUUUAAGCAAUUCCUCUAGUCAUAGCACCAUAUCUAAAAAGAGUGAGCUGGUCAAUAAAUUGAUCCAAAAACUUGAACAGAGUCCAAUUAGUGGCGUACUUAAUCAGACAACAUUGAAAAGAAAAUUGGAAAUGAAUGCAACAAAGAGUCCUAAGAAAAAAUUGCAAGGUAAUGAAGUUGAUCAGGAUACACUGUCAAGUGGCAACACUUCGCUAAAGGAAAAUUCAAGCAUUCACCAUCAAAAAAAAGUGCCGGGUGGAAAAAGUAUGAGACUUGUACGAAAACUUGCCGUUAAGGCGGAGAAUGCAAGCAGUGAGCAUAAUAUCAGUAAGACAAACAUUGGAUCUUUAGAACUGAAUAACCAAAUGGUAAAUACGAAGGUGGCUAAGUGUGAUUCAGAAUCUGUGUUACAGGAUCUGUACGAAGCUCUCAACAUACCCUACAGUAGUGUUGAUGCUACCAUGUCUGAUAUCAUGACGGAUGUUGACGACAUACUCGGCUUUGUAAAUGUUGAUGAUCUGGUACCCGACCCACAUCACAUUAACAGACCUCUGUCCUGUUUUGAGGGCUCUUCUGCCGAAAACCAGAAACACUCUGAUUGCUGGGUAAUGAGACGAGAUCGUAACUAUUCACAAAGACAGAUGUCAUUAUUUAGAAUCACUCAUUUAUUUCUCAAAUAACCAUAUUGUGUUGAUGGAAGCGUAGAUAUGGCUUCUACUGUAUUCUCCAAAGUCUAACUAGAGAACUGUCCGACUUAAAAAUGUCCGUCAAGUGUCCGAUGUGAGCUGCUUGCACUUUGAACCAAAAUUUGAUGCUAACUCAACAAGUCUUGGUUCAAAGUUCUGUCGUCCGGUGAGUGAUAGUCUGGUUCGUCUGUCUGUUUGUCCGAGAUAGAACCAUUGGUGGAAGAUUACAAUGGAAGAAGACAAAUGGCAUGUAAACUGGUGGGUUCAACUGCUGUAGACACAACGUGAUUGGUUUGUAUGAAGACACCAGAAUGUAAGAUGAGAAGUUGUCAUAGCAGAUGCUGCACCAUCAUAUAGGAUGAACAUCGCAAACAUUAUAUAGUAAUUGUAAUGGCUGAAUAUAUUACAAACUGUUUUUUUCCUGUUUACAUUUUGGUAGUCAUCUAUCAGUAACUGUCCCAAAAAAAGUUUUUUGCAUCUUAUUUAUGAAAGAUAUGUUGAAAUAGGCUUUGAUGAUGGAGUGUGUAAGUUAAGUAAUAGAUAUUUAAUACUAUUAUGUAUGUUAACAUUGAAAUGCUGAUCAACUUGUCCAGCAUCCAUUUUUGUACAUGUCCACUAUCAAUUUUCUGAAUUUUGAUCUGAAAAUAGAGCUUUAAGUUUAAACAAGAAGGGCAGGACAAUUACACAAAAAGACAGACUAGUUUCUGGUUUGUUCUCUGGCAUUCUAGAGAUCAGUAAAAUUUUCUUUUCAGUCUUUUGAAGAUGGUCACAAUAGAUGUCCUUCUGAGUUCCUUUAUUGAAUUCUUUUCAAGUUUGAUACAUUUAAAGUAAUGUUCCAGCAACAACAACAACAAACUUCCUUAACUAUUUUGAGAUAUAAUAAUUAUCUGUGAUAGUUUUAAAAAUUGCAUCCUGGCAGAAUAAGGAUAAAUUUAUAUUUAAUGACAGAAUAUUAUUUAUAAUCUUUACUUUCAAUGACAGAAUAUUAUUUAUAAUCUUUACUUUCCGG